ACUUCCCAUAGUCUUGACGGCAGAGUGGGCGUGCGUCAGAGAAAGGCCUGAAAUUGAAACUGAACGGCGACGCGGAGGCUACGGGAAGGGCAGGACCUGCGUCUGACCUUUGCCUCUCGGCGUUCUCGUGGCUUCUCGCGAGAUAAAGGGCCACCGCUACCCGGUUUGUCUCACCGUUCUGGGCUUAGGGAGUUGAUUCUCUCCCCCCCCCCCUCUUCCUCCACCGCGCGAGGCCCCGCGUCCUUUCGAUCAGGUGACCCAGAGGUAGGGUUAGAAAAGGAGGCGGAGGCGGGAAGACGGGGAGGAUUGACGUCUUUCGCUCACGUGACCGCGCCUACUGGUGUUCUUCGAGGCUGCCGGAUCUUGGCUUUCGAGGCUCGGAGCUCCGCUGCUGCGCGCACCCCCUGCUCGACUCCAUCGUCCUGUCAUGGCGGCUCCAGGCGGCCGGGGGCUGCUGCUGUUGACGGCUGUUUUGCUGGGAUUUUUACAAGCAUCUUCAACAUUUGACGUUAGAGAUGGUGACAGAACCUGCAUAUUAGCUAAUUUCUCUGUAAAAUUCACAGUUGAAUAUGACACAAAGAGUCAAAAACAGAAUGCCAGCUUUGACCUUCCACAGAAUGCUGCAGUGCUGAAUAACAGUAGGUGUGGUAACAAAGAUAAAAGUCCAGUACUUGUAGUUGGAUUUGGCAAAGGACAUUCAUUAACCUUGGAUUUUGGGAAGACUCCAGAUUCCUACAGUGUCAAAAAUCUUACAUUGAAAUACAACAUGUCAGACGAUGCCAUUUUCCCUAAUUCAACAGGAAAAGAAAUGAAAGAAGCAGCUUCAGAUCCUGAUAUGCACGCGGGCUUGAAUACUACAUACACAUGUGUACACAGCCACAGAAUAACGAUGCCAAAUGUGACUGCUCUUUUCAAGAAUGUUACACUUGAAGCGUACCUUGCAAGCAACAACUACAGUCAUAAACAGACUUCGUGUAAGGAAGAUCAAACACCCACAACUCCUUCCACUCCUACAACCACCCAUGUACCUACAACUACUAGUCUUGCGCCCACCCCACCUUCUAAAAAACCAGAUAAGGGACAAUAUAAUGUAACUGGUCACAAUGGUACCUGUUUACUUGCUUCAAUGGGUCUGCAACUGAAUGUUACUUACAAUACAAAAAAUAAGACAAAAUCGGAUUUGUUGAUGAAUAUUCCAUUAAAUACUACUUACUCUGGGACCUGUGACAACGGCUCAGUUAUGCUGUACUUGUUUCUUGAGAGUGCCAGGCUUACUUUCCAUUUUGUGCAGAAUGCAAGUAUUGAGAAGUACUUCCUGCAAGGCAUCAAUAUAAAUAUCGCUCUUCCUUCUGAAGCUACAGAAAUGAGGUAUAAUGUAACCAACAACAGCCUGAGUGAACUAAAAGCUACUGUUGGAAAAUCUUUCAAGUGUGUUGCAGAGGAGACUAUCUGGGUCUCAGACAGAGCUGCUGUCAAUGUAUUUGAUGUUCAGAUUCAGGCUUUCAAGUUUGAAGGAGACAAAUUUGGAGCAGCGGAAGAAUGUCUGGUGGAUGAAAACAACAUGUUGAUCCCCAUCAUAGUGGGUGCAGCUCUUGCUGGGCUUGUCCUCAUAGUGUUGAUUGCAUAUUUAAUUGGCAGAAAACGUAGCCAUGCUGGUUAUCAAACAAUCUAAUGAUUUGCACUUAAUGAAACCAGUGUGGAAGAACAGCAGUUGCAAGAAGCAGAGACACCUCGUCUCUCCACCCCGCCCCCCUCUCAAAAAACAGAUAAUGAGGGAGCACAAUCUCUUCCCUUGCCAACUGCUUCUUGCAGUGUCUGCUUUUACUAAAUGUGAAAUCCAUCUUGUGGCAUUUAACUAUGCACCAAGGAUAAUUUCUAUAAUUCUGUUUAAUUUUGCUAAUGGGUUAAAUAUUUACCCACCUAGAAACAGGCUGAAGUUUAAGAAUGCUCUUCUGAAUUGGCAUGGUUUUUAAUGUCAACUACUUAAAUGGGUGUGAUGUAGUUUUCACAUUCGUUCACUUAAAUUCAGAUUAAUUAUAUCUAACAAAGGGAAACUUCCACUUUCUGGUACUACCAUCCUGUGCUGAAUUUAGUUGCUGCACUUCUGCAGUUAAAUGUAAUGACUGACCAAUCAAACUUAAAAUUAUUCCCACUUUGUCUUACCUGGGUGUAUAUCAUUAAUAAGCUUUAAAUGCUAAGCCUGGUAUAUGCAAGGUAUGAAGAUAAAUUGGCCAACUCCAAGAUAUUUUGAUCUGUCAGCUUCCUGGGAGCUGGCCCUUUUUUUACAUAAAAUGGGUGUUACUUUAUUUUUUGUAAGUGAAUUUCAGUCUCUUCUGUUCAAAGUUCAAAGAUCCUCCUCCUGCACAUGUGUACAAUAGACUUUCAAUCUUGCUAAUUCUUGCUUUGACCUUGGCUGGGAUUGUACACUACAAGGAUCAGUUAUGGAUGCAUUGCCUGUAACAAUGCUAAUAAAGACUUUUCUGUA